AUGUCCGCCGCCAAAACAACCGCAACCGCUACGGCCGUUGCGCCAAAGAUUAUUCUCUAUACGAAUCACUUAUGUCCGUGGGCUCACAGAGCGCACAUAGCUCUCAAGGCGCUGGAGCUUCCGUAUGAGGAAGUCAUUAUCGACUUGUCUAAGCCUCGAGAAGAAUGGUAUCUCAAGGAAAUCAAUCCGCGUGGCCUGGUGCCGGCCAUCAAGUUCAGCAACGGGGUCAUCCAGGAUGAAGUCAUCACCGAGUCUGGAAUCGUUGCGCAGUUCCUUGCCGACAUUCGCCCUCCACAGCUGCUCCCUCCGAGCUUUAGCUCGCCGACGGCAGCGCUGUUCCGCGCCCGGGUAUCCUUCUUUGUCGACACGUUCGUGAGCAAAGUCUGGUCCUUGGCUUUUUCGGCCGUGCGCACAAGUGACGCAGCCGAGAAAGAGCAGAUUUCAGCGCGUAUCUUUGAGGCAGUCUCAAAAGAGAUUGAGCCCUUGCUGAAAGAUGCGGCGCCAUUCUUUGGUGGCAGCGACAAGCUCACGCUGGCAGAAGUCCAGACUGGCUCGUUGCUCUUACGCGUUCUUGCAUUCAGCAAUGAUGAUAUCUUGCCCGCCGCUCUCAAGACAUCCCUCAACAACCUGCCAAAUUUCGGCAAGUGGUCCAAAGCCACCGUGGCGCAGGAAGCCGUGAACUACAUCUGGAAUCCGGACCUCGUGCUCACGAAUAUGAAGAAGAAGUUUGCUCCGGCUCAAAAAUGA